AUGGAUGACGCUGGCCCUUCCCCACCCCCACAGCGGGAGCGACAACCCAUGAACUUCCGGUCAACGGCGUCGACAAACUGGCGCAUGAAGGACGAUAGCCCGCGGGCUGAACAGCCGCAACGACGAGGCGGGGGCUUCAACCGGUCCAACGGCCAACGCGAUGCCAACAACCCGGACGAAUCAGCAUCUGGCACGCGUCUCUAUGUUGGCAAUCUGCUGUACACGGCGCAGAAGGCAGAUAUCGAGGCUCUAUUUACCGAACAAGGGUUCAAUGUGGUGAAUGUGAGCAUCUCAACCGACCCAUUUACGGGCCGCAACCCGAGCUACUGUUUCGUCGACCUCGCUUCGGAGGACGAGGCGCAACGUGCCAUUGCCGAACUGAACGGCAUUGAGGUGCUUGGUCGCAAUCUGAGAGUCAGUCCUGGCGUGGCGAAGAGAGGCCAGGGUCAGGGUCAGGGUCAGGGUCGAACCACCGCCGGUACCGGCAGCGGCGAUGUUGGAAAUAGGGAAGUCAGGACCAAGAAUUAUGAGAGAGGCUGGGCCAAGGAGUCGAGGGAAGAGCGGGGUACUGAUUACAAACCGUCAUUCGACCGCUGGAACCGUAACGACGCCUCAGCACACUGGCAAGCGCCCCUCUCUGAAGGGCGCCGCCUAUACAUUGGCAAUCUGCCGCGCAUCGAGCCACAAUCCGCCGUCGACGAAGAGAUGCAGACUCUGUUCGCGACGCAUCUUGCUUCCGAGGGCAUCACACCCAGCGCGGUGUCAAAGUUGAUCUCGCCGCACCCAUCGAAGGCCUCUGAGCCGGGGAACCACUUCUAUUGUUUCGUGGAUCUGGAGCGAGCGGAGGACGUGGAGACCGUGAUUGCGGCCCUAGACGGUCGAGAGGGCGGCUGGGGCGGCGCAUUACGUGUCAACCGUGCGCGUGAGCAGAGAGAUCGUGCAGAGGGCGGUCGCGAUCGCAAGGUGGUGCGCGAGCAAGGUCUUAACAGGGAAAGGGAGGGAGAGGAGAGAAGCGUCGCUGGUGGUGCUAGCGGUGCUGGCGGCUGGAGGAACCAGCAAUGA